AUGUUGAAAUUAAAAUUUUCCAAAUUUAAGCAAGUUUACGCUUUAACUUUUCUACCACGAUUAUUUUUAAAAGAAUCGAGAUGUGUGAAAAAUAAAAUUAACAAUUGUCCUGUAGAACAGAUAUGCUCGGUGAGAAAAAGUACUAAUUCGAAAACAAAAGAUGAAAACAGUACUCAAACGUAUGACCAAAAUGAAACUCUUUUUUCGAAAAACGAGAUUAAGAUAACGGCUAAAGAUGAUUUGCUAAAUGGAAAUAUAAUUUUCCCAGAGUUUUAUCAAAUACCACGUUGUACCAAAUGUGAAUCUGUUAUAUCAAAGCUUUUUGGAACUAAAAAACACGUAGCAGAAAAUAUAGCUAAUAAAAACAUUAAUGCUCAAACUGCAAAAGUUCAUGCCACCACAGCGACUAUAGAAGAAGAAAAAUUGGUUCAAAAAGUCGAUGUCAUCAAUGAAACCCCUCACGUUGAAGCUCAUCCCCCUAAAAUUGAAGGAUUCAAUUCAAUACCAAAGAUAUUAGGUCAAGAUACAUCUAAUUUUGAGGCAUCAGAUAAGAAAAAAGUUACGCCUGACCAAAAAAUAAUUUUAGAUGAAUUAGCUAAACGAUGUCUAGAUUCCCCAGUGGGUGACAUAGACAAUAUUUUACUUAAUGAAUUAAAAAAUAUUUCUCAAACAAAAUCAAGGAUCUCUCUCUCUGAAAGAAGAAGCGAAUGCGUAGAAAAAUAUUUUGACCAAAUAUUUGAGAAACCACCAAAACACCCGCUCGUCUCUGAAAAUCUUAAUUAUGACAAAGUUACGCCAUGUUACUAUAAAAAUAAUUUAACUGAAUGUAAAGUAGAAAAACUACAGCCAGUACAUUUAGCUACAUUACCUCACUUUACUAUAGACGGCGGUAAAAGAGAUUUCAAAGAGACUGGAUUUAUAAGGAGUUCUUCGAUUUAUUUGACAGCUAAUAUUAAGGAGCCUUCAAUGGAUAUUCCAUCACAAUUAAGCCCUUACGACCAACAAGCGAUACCAUUUUAUGAAUACACCAACAAAGAGCAUAUACUUGAAGAAGACGCUGAGUUAGAAGCAGCAGUAUUUACUGAAACGAUUCAAGAGACUGAAUUCAAUAAUCCAAUACCAGAAGAGACGAUCAGAAAAGAUGCCCUUGAUCAAGAACAAAGAACAAUAGAGGAUGUGGACACUGAGGAGCCGUUAAAUCCGAAGCCGACUGUAAAUUAUUUUUAUGAACCAUUAUUACAAACAAACUUUGAAGGCACUAAUUAUGUUUAUAGAAACUUUACGCCUGAUCACAUAUCAAAUAUCCUCAGUACGCAACAAUUACUGACAACUUCAGAUCAGUCUUCAGGCGAGUGGAGGUCGGAAGAAAUGUCAUCGAAGGGCGAGCUUCAUAACUCAGCUAUUUCUGGUACUUACACACAAAAUCAGUCUCAGAGACGACGUCAUGCAAAUCUUGAAUUACCAACGGACACCGCGAUAUCAGCGAAUCAGAACCCUGGAGAAUAUUACGAUUGGAAGGUGCCAGUACAGUUUAGCCCCAGCCAUGCACGUAACGAUGCCCCCCGCGUAAUUGUAGAAAAUACUGUAUCCCAAAAUGUACUUUUAGAACAUAUUGGAUUGGAAAUAUCGAAAGAAAGUCCAAAAGUAAGAGAGGGGGUUUCUGAUAUCAAUACUUAUGAAAAAGCAACCGAGAAUAUGGAAGAAUUGGCGAAUCCUAAAGAAAUUUCUGAUUCUAAAAAUAAUGUUCCACUUUCUGUGCUUUUAAAGCGUAUUCGGGAACAAAGCAGAAUACAAUAUUGUCAGCAUAUCGCCAAAGCAGAAGCAGAAGUAGUAAAAUCUAAUAAGUCUAAUUGCCCUCCUCCUCCCGACAAAAAACCUAUGAAAGCUGGUCCCUGCAAGCCUAUUGCUAAGCCUAAAUCAACAAAAAAACCCAGUCCCUGUCCCUGCCCCGAGAAAAAAGAUCCAUGCGCGAAAUUCUUCCCAUUUUUCUUAAACAUGGUAAUCAAAUCAGACGUCUCUUUCGACUUAUCGGUUCCAUUGCAGUACAAAAAUAUUACGUCAAACAACACCAAAAUCCUUACCCCUACUCUAGCCGUACUAACUGAAGAUAUCAUAGAAUGGUUCAAAAAAUUGGGCAAUACUCUGAAUAUUUCGGGAUUUUACAAUAUGAACUCCACGUGCACUUAUGCAAGAGAUUUUGAGCCUUGGAUCCCGAUACCGUCUUUGCAGAUCCCCAAACUUGAUAAGAAAAAGCCUUUCGUAUGUCCCAAAGAUAGCUGUAAAAGUCUAACGACACAAAAAACCUUUAAAGAUAAGCAAUGCCCGAUAGUGAAAGAAAAAAAGCUAUGCCCCACAAUGUCUAAUCUCAUCCAGCCUUUUAUUAACUGCCUCGGUGGUGUAGCGGCUAGCAUGUACGGCUGCACACCCGGAGGUCCUGGGUUCGAGUCCCGGGUCGGGCCAAGUUUAGUUAUUGAGUCUUUCUGUAUAGUAAGCCUCAGAGCUUGGAAUUGGGAAGUUGGCGGUGUUUCACCCCCGUGCCUCGGAGAGCACGUAAAGCCGUCGGUCCUGCGCCUUAACUUUCACUGGUCGUGUCGAGUGGUCAUCCCACUGGAGUAUGAGAGUGACAGGAACAGAGAGUGCACGUUGUGUCUGCGCGUACACUUGUGCACUGUAAUAUCUCCUGCGCAGUUGGCUAGUCUCAAUGAGAUUGGCCGCCGUGACCGGAAUCGGUCGGGAGAACAUCAAUCUCAUCCAGAC